UUUCAGGCCUGCUGGGAACCGGACUCUAAAGGACAGUAUGUCUGGAAGGCUGUGGUGCAAGGCCACUUUUGCUGGCUAUAAGCGAGGUCUCCGGAACCAGAGAGAGCACACGGCUCUCCUUAAAAUUGAAGGCGUUUAUGCCCGAGAUGAAACUGAAUUCUACUUGGGCAAGAGAUGCGCUUAUGUGUAUAAAGCAAAGAACAAAACAGUGACACCUGGAGGCAAACCAAACAAAACCAGAGUGAUCUGGGGGAAAGUAACUCGGGCCCAUGGAAACAGUAGCAUGGUCCGUGCCAAAUUCCGAAGCAACCUUCCUGCAAAAGCCAUUGGACACAGAAUCCGUGUGGUGAGUACAGAUAACAAAACAAAUGUUUGGGUUUUUUUUCUUUGCCUUUUGAUGCCUCAGAGUCAGUUUGAGGGGUGAACCUUAUACCUACCA